UGGAAGAGAGCUGGCCGGCUGGGGAGGUGGAGGACGGGGAGAGAAGAGGAAGGAGGCUCCGGGAGCAAGCGAGACAAAAAGGGUCAGGCCUGGGACUUGGGAAAACCGGGAGAGCAGGAAGAAGAGGGGAUCAUCCGUCAUUGCUUUAUUUUCUUUUAAACUUUUCAACUUCCUUUUAACGUGAAAGUCCAUAUCUACACUACCCAUCAUCAGACAUUACCCAUAAGCUCAUAAGACUCUCAAUGAUGCCGUCCAACACUCUCACCAACACCACCACCACUGCUGAUUCACCUGGAAAUCCAAUGGGUGAGAGAACAAUACUGGACUCGGACCUGAUGGAGGAGAAGUCACCUAAAAGUAGCAAGCCUGGAAGAAAACGCAAGCAGUUUUCACAGGUUGAGAGCUGUGGCUCUCUUAAAGACAGUGCGAGUGUAGGCCACAGCUACACUAUGGCGAUGGCACAGGUCUUCAAUGGGGACAUGGGCGGGAUCAGAGACAGGAUGCCCGAUGCCUGCUUCCCAAAACAGGAGAAGCGGGAAGUCGAGAAUGGGAUUCCCAGAGACCCUUCCUCCUGCCGUGCGGAGGACAGCUCUCAGGGGCAGAGUUUGAGUCAUCCUCAAGAGAACGGAUUCCUGUCCAGCCGGGAAGAACAGGACUUGGAGAAAGCCAAUGAUGACUGCCUGAUGACGCCGCGCAAGAAACGAGGGAGGCGGAAACUGGAGCACCCAACUAAAUAUGUGGAGCACAAGGAGGAGGAUGGGAGUGAUGCGGUAAAGACUGAGGGAGGUCGAGGCAGGCUGCGAGGGGGAGUUGGUUGGGAGAUCAGCCUUCGUCAGAGGCCCAUGCCCAGAAUAACCUUCCAGGCUGGUGACCCUUAUUACAUUAGCAAGAGGACCAGAGAGGAGUUGCUGGCCAAGUGGAAGAUGGAGGCAGAGAAAAAGGCCAAACAAAUGUCAGCAAUGAACGCGAUGAAGGAUCACGAGGAUAAUGAAACAGAGACCCGGAAUGAAGAGGUCUCAAUAAUCAAACACCCACAGCCUUCAAAGCAGCAGCAGCAGCCGCAGCAGCAGCUGCAGCCGCAGCCACACACUAAGUCUCAGUCACAGCCUCAGUAUCAACAGCAAUCACCGCUGGUGCUGCCACAGCAACAGCAACAACUGCAACAUCAGCAGCCACCUCAGCAGCAGCAACAGCCUACUGACCCAGCUUCCCCCACUGUGGCCACGACCCCAGAGCCUGUCGCCAUCGAAGGAGAAGACAAGACAUCCCCCAAGACUCCAGACACUGAGUCUGAGUAUGAGGACGGUCGUGGUUUUGGCAUCGGCGAGCUGGUUUGGGGGAAGCUCCGAGGAUUCUCUUGGUGGCCAGGCCGCAUCGUAUCCUGGUGGAUGACGGGACGUAGCAGAGCUGCUGAGGGAACCAGAUGGGUCAUGUGGUUUGGAGAUGGAAAAUUCUCAGUGGUUUGUGUAGAGAAACUAUUGCCUUUAAGUUCCUUUAACAAUGCCUUUCACCAACCAACUUACAACAAGCAGCCCAUGUACAGGAAAGCCAUCUACGAAGUCUUACAGGUGGCUAGCAGCCGGGCAGGAAAGGCCUUCAUGGCCUGCCCUGACAGUGAUGAGACAGAGACCUCAAAAUCCGUGGAAAUGUUAAACAAGCAGAUGAUUGAGUGGGCUAUGACAGGAUUUCAGCCCACUGGACCCAAAGGCUUGGAGCCACCAGAAGAGGAGCGUAACCCAUACAAAGAAGUUUAUCCUGAAAUAUGGGUAGAGCCAGAAGCAGCAGCCUAUACACCUCCUCCAGCCAAAAAGCCUCGCAAAAGCACAGCAGAGAAACCGAAGGUCAAGGACAUCAUUGAUGAGAGAACACGAGAGCGACUUGUUUAUGAAGUGAGACAAAAGUGCCGCAGCUUAGAGGACAUCUGUAUCUCCUGUGGAAGUCUGAAUGUUAGCCUUGAGCACCCUCUUUUUGCUGGAGGAAUGUGUCAGAGUUGCAAGAACUGCUUCCUAGAAUGUGCUUAUCAAUACGACGACGACGGCUACCAGUCAUACUGCACUAUCUGCUGCGGGGGACGAGAGGUGCUCAUGUGUGGGAACAACAAUUGUUGUCGGUGCUUCUGUGUGGAGUGCGUGGACCUUCUUGUUGGUCAAGGAGCCGCUCACGCUGCCAUCAAAGAAGACCCAUGGAACUGCUACAUGUGCGGUCAGAAGGGUGUGUUUGGUUUGCUGGAGCGUCGUAGCGAUUGGCCCAGCCGUCUCCAGCACUUCUUUGCAAAUAAUCACGAUCAAGAUUUUGAUCCACCAAAGCUUUACGCCCCAGUCAUGGCGGAGAAGAGGAAGCCCAUUCGUGUCCUUUCACUAUUUGAUGGCAUAGCCACAGGACUGCUGGUGCUCAAAGAACUUGGCAUCCAAGUGGGUCGCUACAUAGCUUCUGAAGUGUGUGAAGACUCCAUCACUGUGGGUAUCGUCCGGCAUGAGGGUCGCAUCAUGUACGUUGGAGACGUGCGGAACAUCACGCGCAAACAUAUAAACGAGUGGGGUCCUUUUGAUCUAGUUAUAGGUGGAAGCCCAUGCAAUGACCUCUCAAUAGUCAAUCCUGCAAGGAAGGGUCUGUAUGAGGGCACCGGACGCCUGUUCUUUGAGUUUUACCGACUGCUCCAUGAGGCUCGGCCGAAGCAGGGGGAAGACAGGCCUUUCUUCUGGCUCUUUGAAAAUGUGGUUGCUAUGGGCGUCAGUGACAAGAGGGACAUAUCUCGCUUUUUAGAGUGUAACCCAGUGAUGAUCGAUGCCAAGGAAGUGUCAGCUGCCCACCGUGCCCGUUACUUCUGGGGUAACCUUCCUGGCAUGAACAGGUUGGUGUAUGAAUGGCCUUUGACUGCCAUGUGCACUGAUAGGCUGGAACUCCAGGACUGUUUAGAACAUGGCAGAACAGCCAAGUUUGGCAAGGUGAGGACUAUCACUACCAGGUCUAAUUCCAUCAAACAGGGCAAGGACCAGCACUUCCCAGUCUACAUGAAUGAGAAGGAAGACAUACUGUGGUGCACUGAGAUGGAGAGGGUCUUUGGUUUUCCAGUCCACUAUACAGACGUAUCCAACAUGAGCCGACUGGCGAGGCAGAGGCUGCUGGGCAGAUCAUGGAGCGUCCCAGUUAUCCGCCACCUGUUUGCACCACUCAAAGAGUACUUUGCCUGUGACUGAGCAGUCAGAAAAUUAGCUCAGAACCAUUUAGUAUGAAGUGCCGUAAGGGGCAUUAUUACUGAAACGCUCUCAGACACACUACUGAACACCAAGGCAUUUCAGCUGAACAGGAAGGUGUUUUAGUGUUGCCAACUUAGCAACUUUGUCGCUAUAUUUAGCGAGUUUUCAGAC